UCAUCAUUAUUCGUACUAUCUCAAUUCCCCUGCACCCACCUUAUCAAGAAAGAAAGAAGAUGGCCGAGCUUGCAUUUGCGUUGGCAGCCAAACUCAUUGAAAGGCUCAUCUCCAUUGCUUCUGAGGAGAUUUGCUUGGCGUGGGGCGUUAAAGCGGAUCUACAAAGGCUUGGACGCACCAUGUCCACCAUUAGAGAUGUGCUCUUGGAUGCCGAAGAGAAGCAGGAACAUAAUAAGCAGCUACGCAGUUGGCUACAACAACUUAAUGAUGUGUUCCUUGAUGCAGAGGAUCUGUUGGAUGAGUUUGAGUGUGAAGCUUUGCGAAGACAAGUGGUUCGUGGAAGUGGCACAACUAGAAAGGUACGCCAUUUCUUUUCCCGAUCUAAUCCAGUUGCAUUCCGCUUGCGAGUAGGUCAUGAAAUUAAGGACAUAAGAGAGCGGUUACAUGAACUUAAAGGUGAUAAGAAUUUUGCUGAUCUUCGCACUGUUCAUCAUCACCCUCAUCUCGGUGACCAUGUGAGGGAGAACAGGAAUACAACCCACUCAUUUGUCCGUGCUUCGGAGGUUAUUGGUAGAGAAACAGAAAAAAAUAAAAUUGUUGAUCUUCUAAUGGUACAAGGCGAGGAUCAUCAAGGUGGGGAUAAUAGGAAUAUGUCUAUUAUUCCUAUAGUGGGAUUAGGAGGUUUAGGGAAGACCACACUUGCCAAGUUGGUGUACAAUGAUGAGAAAGUCGUUGGGAGUUUUGAAUUAAGAAUGUGGCAGUAUGUGUCAGUGGACUUUGAUGCUACUAGAUUGACAAAAGAGAUCCUUGGCUCUGCAUUACGUACACAGAUCAGUGAAGGGUUGUCUCUGGAUCAGUUGCAAGCACAACUACUAGGUACAAAGAUCAGUGAAGGGUUGUCUCUGGAUCAGUUGCAAGCACAACUACGAGACGCUUUAAAGGAUAAGAAAUUUCUACUUGUCUUGGAUGAUGUAUGGAAUGAAGAUCGUAUCAAAUGGAGCAAGUUGAGAGAUUUGUUGAUAGAGGGGGCCAAGGUGGGAACUAAGAUUUUGGUGACGACACGGAAUAUCUCAGUUGCUUCAAUCAUGGGGGCGGUUGGAAACAUAAAUUUGGACGUUCUCUCUUUUGAGGAUUGUUUGUCUUUGUUUGUAAAGUGUGCAUUUAAAGAAGGACAAGAAAGGCAGCAUCCAAGCCUCUAUGAAAUGGGAAAAGAUAUUGUAAGAAAGUGCGGAGGGGUUCCCUUAGCUGUGAAAACCUUAGGGAGUCAACUUUACUCAAAGACUGAUGAGCGUCAAUGGAAAUUGAUUAGAGAUUCUGAGAUAUGGGAAUUAGAACGAGAUGGAGCUGGUCACAUUCUACCUGCUUUGAGACUGAGUUAUAAUCAAUUGCCAUCUCACUUGAAGCAAUGCCUUGUUUGCUGUUCAAUUCUUCCAACGAAUUACAUUAGAUUUUAUAGCGGCCAAUUGAUCAAUCAUUGGAUGGCACAUGGAAUCCUUGAAUCUCGUGAUCAUGGGAAUAUGGAGUGGGAAGAUGUUGGUGAGUUAUAUUUCAAAGAGUUAUGGGAGAGAUCUUUCUUUCAAAAUGUUAAAGAUUACACUUUCGGCUAUGGGUUUGAUAUGCAUGAUCUCAUCAAGGACCUUGUCCGAUCAGUCGUACAAGGUGAGAGUUUGGUUGUAGACUCUACAGGGACCAAAGGCAUCUCUGAAAAUGUUAGAUAUCUAACAAUUAUGAAAAGUGGCCAAAAUGUUUCAACAACCUUGCAAAAGUUGAAUAAAGUGCGGACUAUAUCAGUAGAGAGUUGUGAAAAUAUUGAUCAAUCCUUCCUCAGCACUUGCAUAUCAAGAUUCAAAUAUCUGCGACUGCUUAAGUUAACCAAUGCAUCUUGGGAAUUGUUGCCCAGUUCCAUUGUUUCUUUGAAGCAUUUGAGAAGCCUAGACUUGACUGCAAAUGAAAGAAUCACCGCACUACCCAAUUCAAUUUGUAAGCUGCAGAGCUUGCAAUCUCUGAAUCUCUUUGGAUGCGUGAAUCUUGAAGAGUUCCCUAGAGACAUGAGAAACUUGAUCAGCCUCAGAUGGCUUGAAUUAACCACAAAACAAUCAAGGUUUCCAGAGAAUGGAGUGGGAAGCUUGACAUCACUUCGAUUUCUUUCUAUUUGGGAGUGCAGUAAUCUAAUGUGUUUGCCGCGUGAUACGAGCUAUCUUGCGUCAUUACGCACUCUGAUCAUAGGCAAUUGCAAACAACUUGAUUUGGUGAUGGAAAACUAUCAGGUAAUUCCACUAAGGCUCCAAAAGUUGGGGAUUAUAGGAGUACCACGAAUGGUGGCAUUGCCUGAAUGGUUUCAAGGAGCCACAAACACACUACAAGUCUUGGUUAUAGAAGAUUGUGAGAACUUGGAGGCAUUACCUGGGUGGCUGACGAGUUUCACAUCGCUUCGCAGGCUUAUCCUCAACUCAUGUCCCAAACUGUUGUCUUUGCCAGAGGAGAUGCAUCGCCUCACUGCCUUAACAGAUGUUUGGAUUGUAGAUUGCCAUGAUUUGGAGAGGAGAUGUCAGCGCAACACAGGAGAAGAUUGGCCAAAGAUUUCUCAUGUUCCAAAUGUUUAUUUUGAAUAGAAUCAUGGGCGCCGUCUUUAAUGCCGGCAGCCUCUCAGUGUCUCUGUUUGUGCUUUUCUUGUGUUUGAGCUGCUUGUAUUUUGUACCAGCCAAUG